AUGACUGUCAAAACGCCGUUGUCGAGUUUGAGCUCGGAAUUCGCGGGCCUCACUCCCGAGAUCUCUCGGCCGUCCUCUGUCGCCGGCGACAAACGGUCGUUAAUCGUUGCAUAUGGAUCUGUUGAUACGAGAAUAUCCCUACCCACAUUACAGUUAUCGUUAGCAACUCAGUUAUGGAAGGACUUCACAUUGGAUUUGCUUUCGUCUUCGCCACAGAAUGACCUAUCUACCAAAGAAGGACUCGUCGCCGAGUUCAUCAACUUUUGCAUCACCCGGUCUAGCGACGACACACAUUGUGAUGACGCCGCAGCAACACUGCAGUUGCUUGAGGCUCUCUUAGAAAGCUAUGAGCAAGACUUUCUUGGUGGAAAUGAUAUCCACUCCGCUCUGUCCCAGCUUGAUAUUCAACAUAAGACCCCCAUAAUCAAAGCAUACUUUGCAGCAUACGGAACCCUCAGUCGCAAGUCUAAACGUCAAACUUCUCUCCUCCUCGAGUCCGCUACAGAUGGACCGUCACGUAUAUACGCAAUAUUCGGAGGUCAGGGGAAUGAUGAGAAAUACUUCGAGGACCUAAAAGAUACAUACGCGACGUACACCGAUAUCCUCCGUCGUUGUGUCUUCUCCGGAGCCAGAUUGUUAGAGGAGCUCGCUGGGGCGCCUGCAUUCAAAUCUCACUUCCCACAUGGCUUCUCGCUAAUGGACUGGCUGGAAAAGCCCGACUCUGAGCCAGAGGCGGUGUAUCUUCUUUCUGCCCCCGUCAGCAUGCCCUUGAUUGGUCUCCUCCAAAUGUGUCACUUCAUCGUGGCUUGUCAAACAAUGGGGCUCUCGCCACGAGAGAUGCAUGGCUAUCUGUCUGGCGUCUCAGGUCAUUCACAGGGAAUUGUCGUAGCCCUCGUGAUUGCUGUCUCCGAGACGUGGGAAGACUUCUACCGACAAUCUCUCGAAGCCCUCCGUAUCCUCUUCUACAUCUCCUGUCGCAGCCACGAGAUAUUCCCUCCCCAGUUCAUCCCCGAGUCAAUUAUACGGGAUGCAGAAGACAACGGAGAAGGGGCACCUGGUCCCAUGCUCAGGGUACGAAACCUUCGACGGGGUCAGCUACAGAAGAUCAUCGACACAGUCAAUAGCUACCUCCCGCAACAAUCUCGUGUUGCUAUUUCCCUCUUCAAUGGUCCUCAAAAUCUCGUUGUGACCGGCCCGCCUCUUAGUCUGUAUGGGCUGAGUCGGCACCUACGUGGCUUGAAACCAUCAAAGACCAGUCGCGAGGCACAGAUCCCGGCCAGCAAGCGGAAACCUAAGAUCGAGCAUCGCUUCCUACCCAUAACCGCACCCUUUCAUAGCAUGUCUCUGGAUGAGGUCGUUCCUUUGGUUAUGAAGGAUCUCGCGGAUAUCACCAUCACAGGUAACCAGUUGCGCAUUCCGCUUUACGCAACAACCGAUGGCCACGACAUGCGCAUUCACAAAGACAGAAACCUCAUCGGUGAUAUCGUGAGCAUGAUUACACGCGAACCUGUACACUGGGAGAAAGCGACCUCUCUUUCUAAUGCUACUCAUAUCAUCGACUUCGGUCCGGGAGGCAGCGCCGGUGUGGGGGCUGUCACUAUGCAUAAUAAGGCAGGUCAGGGUGUGCGUCUAAUACUUGGUAGUUCCAUGAAGCAUAACGAGGAGUACGGAAACAAGGCAGAACUCUUCAAUCGUGACUCCGACUACCCCGUCGUUUAUGCUGAUAAUUGGGCGGAGACGUACAGGCCGCAUCUGGCCAGAGAUGCAACGGGUAAAGUUAUUGUUCAGACCAAGUUCAGCGAGUUGCUGGGGCUUCCUCCCAUCAUGGUUGCUGGUAUGACGCCGACUACUGUGCCAUGGGACUUUGUCUCUGCUACCAUGAACGCUGGCUACCAUAUCGAGCUUGCUGGAGGGGGAUACUACAGCAAGGGUGCCAUGGAGGAAGCGAUCAACAAGAUCGUGCAAAAUGGAAUUCCAGGGCGGGGAGUUACAUGCAAUAUCAUUUAUGCGAGCCCCAGUUCCGUCCGUUGGCAGAUUCCCCUGCUACAGGAGCUCCGUGCCAAGGGCGUCCCGAUCGAUGGGAUGGCCAUUGGAGCGGGUGUCCCCUCUGUCGACGUGGCCAAUGAGUAUAUCGAGACACUUGGCCUAAAGCACAUUGCCUUUAAGCCCGGGUCGGUGGAGGCAAUCCAGCAGGUCAUUGACAUCGCCCGCGAGAACAAGACCUUCCCAAUUAUACUUCAGUGGACUGGUGGCAGAGGGGGUGGACAUCACUCGUAUGAGGAUUUCCACGCCCCCAUUUUGGAGACAUAUGGUCGCAUCAGAGCGUGCAAAAACAUCAUCCUGGUCGCUGGUAGCGGCUUUGGUGCCGCCGACGAUACCCUGCCUUACUUGACUGGAGAGUGGAGCAAAGCAUUCAAUGCACCAUCCCUCAUGCCAUUCGACGGGAUCCUACUCGGCAGUAGAGUGAUGACAGUCAAGGAGGCUCACACCAGCCCUGAAGCCAAACAGUUGAUUGUAGAUAUCCCUGGUGCAGAUGAUGCAGUCUGGGACCAGACCUAUACACGACCUACUGGAGGAAUCAUUACCGUUCGGUCCGAAAUGGGCGAGCCAAUUCACAAAAUCGCCACCCGGGGAGUCCUGUUCUGGAAUGAGAUGGACAGAACUGUGUUCAGUAUUGCAGAUAAGAAAGCAAGAGUUGCCUUCUUACAGAAGAACAAGAAGCGCAUUAUCGACGGCCUCAACAAGAAUUUCCAGAAAGUGUGGUUUGCACAGGAUGCAGAUGGUAAGCCCUGCGAAUUGAACGAAAUGACACUGUCUGCAGUUGUGUGGCGAAUGGUCGAGUUACUCUACAUCAAGCAUCAGGCUCGCUGGAUACAUCACAGUCUGCAGCAGUUGACAUUCGACUUUCUUCAAUGGCUCGAGGAUAUUGUUGGCGAGAUGCACAGCAAUUUCGGGUCCCGGUUUUGGCGGGCAGUUGAACAAAUCGAUGAACCCUACACGGCCAUUGAAGAGUUCUUGAUCAGGCAUGCUAGAGCAACCUCAGAGCUGAUGGAUGUACCCAGCACUCAGAUGUUCAUCCAUUUGUGCCGGCGCCGUGGUCAAAAGCCCGUUCCAUUUAUUCCUGUUCUCGACGAGGAUUUUGAGGUAUGGUUCAAGAAAGACUCACUGUGGCAGUCGGAAGAUGUUCAGGCAGUGCCGGGCCAGGAUGUUGGCAGGACCUGCAUUCUGCAUGGGCCUGUCGCCGCCAAGCACACCACGGCACCAAACGAGCCGAUCAAGCAUCUGUUGGAUGGUAUUCACUCUCAGUGGGUCAAGUCCCUCGCAGCUCUGGGAUAUGACAACGUGCAACCUCAGACACCUCUGACAGAAGGAGGUAUGAGUGAAGUGCCGAGUGAAAUAUCUUUGACCAGAACAUACGACCCUACAGUCCUCGGGAACGAGCUGCCUGCGGUUGAAACUUGGAUGCAACAACUGGCUGGUACGCAGAAGGGGUGGAGACAUGCUCUCUUCUCACAGAAAUCUAUCGUUCAAGGGCACAGUCUGUGCGAUAAUCCCGUAAGGCGACUCUUCGCUCCUCGGAUCAACACCUACAUUGAAAUAGAAGAAUGCACAUCUACGGAACAGUCGGUGGUUCGGCUUUUCGAGCGAUCAGCGGAUGCGCUGCAGACUUUGGUUGUUGAGGUGCGUGCUGUUAGCGAGGACAUCAUCAAGGCCACGCUGUUCGAGAAUCGCACUGUCACGGGAGCACCGGCAGGGCUCGAGCUGCUAUUUAGCUACCAUCCUGAAAUCCCGUUCGCGCCGAUCCGAGAGAUUCUCUCCGACAAGAUUGAGCGAGUGAAGGAUUUUUAUCAUAGACUGUGGUUCGGUGAGCCGCUGCGAUCUCCUGGUGAUCCCUCACAUGAAGAUGAAUUCCACGGUGAUGUCGUUACCGUAACAGCGGAUGAUAUCAGAAGAUUCAGUCACUCCAUUGGCAGUACAUCCGCACCGGGGCCUCAUUCGAGGAGUCAGCAGAGAAUGGAUGCCCCUAUGGACUAUGCGAUCGUUGUUGCCUGGAAAUCGGUCAUGAAGCCAUUGUUCACCAACAGUAUCAGCGGUAACCUUAUGAAACUAGUCCACCUAUCCAACCAAUUCCGCAGGCUAGGAAGCUCAAACCCCAUCCGGGAUGGUGAUGUUCUUUCGUCAAGAGCACGCAUCCGAGCCAUUCUGAAUGAAGACUCGGGCAAGGUUGUGGAGGUUUCUUCCCUCAUCACUAGAGAUGAUGUGGAUAUAGUGGAGGUCGUUAGCCGCUUCAUGUAUCGCGGAUCAUAUAACGACUACGACAUAGCCUUUCGGCAGACAAAAGAGCCCAAGAUUGAUCUCCAACUAACAAGUGUCAAAGAUGUGGCAGUGCUUCACUCCAAGCCGUGGUUUGUUCCUGGCGACAGAGACCUAGACCUUCGGGGCUAUAAGCUCACAUUCGAGCUGGAGACACAUGCCCAUUUCCAAAGCAAGUCGCUCUACCGCCAACAAAGGUGUUUCGGUCAUGUCUACGGUCGAUCUCCGACCGGUGAGGUCCUCGAGGUAGCUUACAUUGAUUACACAGUCGGCGUCUCAACUAGCAACCCCAUCAUGGAUUAUCUCAAGCGCCAUGGAAGUGUGGUCGAGCACCCAGUUUUAUUCCAAUCACCAAUCACUCUUGGCGGCGGCGAGAUCCAGUUCAAGUCUCCCUCAUCAAAUGAAGAAUAUGCCGUUGUCUCCGGCGACUAUAACCCGAUCCAUGUGUCCAAGGCCUUUGCCGCCUAUGCAGAUCUUCCCGACACCAUUACCCACGGCAUGCACAUGAGCGCAAGGGUUCGUAGCUUGCUUGAGCAGCUGGUUGUCCCAGGCAACCCUGGUGGCUUUAGACGUUAUCACUGCAACUUUGUUGGAAUGGUUCUUCCGCAUGACGAUGUGGACCUGGUCCUGCAACACGUUGGUAUGGUAAACGGACGGAAGCUGGUUCAUGCAGAGGCCCGACGUGCCGGUACUGGAGACAAGCUGAUUAUAGCGGAAGCUGAAAUUGAGCAGCCCAGCACUGCUUUCCUGUUCACUGGCCAGGGCAGCCAAGAAAAGGGAAUGGGCAUGGAACUUUAUGCCUCCAGCCCUGCGGCGCGGAAGGUGUGGGACCUAGCUGACAAGCAUUUCGUCGAGAAUUUCGGUGAGUAUGUUUCCAUCCACAUGAGCUUCCGCAUUACCGACAUUGUCCGAAACGACCCUAAAGAACUCAAGAUCCACUUCGGCGGUGCUCGAGGACGAGCGAUCCGCGAGAACUACAUGGCUCUGCGUUGUGAAAUGAUCCAUGCGGAUGGGCGAACAACAUCCGAGAAGAUCUUCAACAACAUUACACAGGAGACCAAGUCACACACCUUCCGAUCCAGCACUGGCCUUCUCUCUUCCACCCAGUUCACCCAGCCAGCACUCACCCUCAUGGAGAAGGCUAUCAUUGAAGACAUGAAAGAUAAGGGGUUGUUGGCAGGUCACUGCAGCUUUGCUGGUCACUCUCUGGGAGAAUACUCCGCCUUGGCAGCCAUUGCCGAAAUUAUGCCAAUUGAGAGUUUAGUAUCUGUGGUUUUUUACCGCGGUCUGACAAUGCAGAUGGCAGUUGAACGCGACGAGCAAGGAAGAUCGAACUUUUCCAUGUGCGCCGUUGACCCCAGUCGACUAUCGAAGUCAUUCAACGAAGACUGCCUGCGGUACCUGGUGUCGCUGAUUGCCAGCGAAACCGGCUGGCUGCUUGAGAUCGUCAACUACAACGUCGCCAACUCUCAAUACGUCUGCGCUGGUGAUCUUCGAGCCCUCGACACCCUCUCCUCUUUGAUCGGCGAAAUCAAGCCCCACCAAUCUGACUUCCAGGCUAUCCUCCAGGGUACCCAGCCUCUUGAGGAUAUCCGCGCCAGCAUACUCGAUACACUCCAUCAAUGCGCCAGCGCUGCCAAAGCCAAGCCCCAACCAAUUCAACUUGAGCGUGGCGUGGCCACCGUGCCACUCCGAGGAAUCGACGUGCCCUUCCACUCUUCCUUCCUUAGCCCAGGCAUUACAGCCUUCCGUGCAUGUCUCUACAAGUACAUUGACAAGGAUACAUUGGAUGCGGAUCGCCUGGUGGGUAAGUACAUCCCGAACCUGACGGCACGGCCAUUUGAAGUCAGCGAGGAAUACUUCCGGCAGGUGUUCCGGUUGACGAAGUCGCCGAUUAUUGCGAAGGUUUUGGCAGAGUGGCCAGAGUAUAUAGAUGUUGAGCGCGGGUUGGAAAAGGUCGCUCGGUCGUCGGAGGUUGUCGUUGCAUAG